AUGAAACUUAAACGUGUGGCAAUUGAUUCUGAUGAUGAGGUAUGUUUAUUUAAUGUGGCAGAUGAAAUGAAAAAAAGUCUUCUCACCCUAUUAUUGUGUAUGGUUAAACACGGUGGAACAAUAACAUUUGAUGAAGCACUAUCAAAAUGUCGUUCCGCAAACAAUCUUGACUUUGACGUUGAAAUCUUCCGCGAGUUUAGUUCUAUGAUUGAAGACACUAGUCAAAAACUUAUAAAUAUGUGCACGGCGGGUAAUGUAUCACCAUCUGUUAUAUGUGAAACUGUUCUUUCUUUUUAGACUCGUAAAGCCAUGUCAUGUAUUAUAGCUGUCAUGCAUCAAAAUGAUAUAACAGCAAAAGAAGCCGUUUUAUCAUAUAAAACUGAAAUGGAAGAAGAGUUUCCAUAUGACUAUGUAGAGUUAAUUAGGGAUGGUGAUGAUCUAAAAAUAGAUGAUAUAUAUAAAAAAUGUUAAAGAAAAAUCUAUUGUGUUAAUUUUUUAGUAAUAAAGAUGGUGAAACGUCGUGCAAGAAAGACCGUUAUCGACAAGGAACUGAUUAAAAAAUCAUCACGAUUAUUAAAACAUGAACAAUUAAAUAAAAAACAAAAAGAUGCAUAUUUGUUACAUAGUCGAAAAUUAACACGGUAUAAACGAUUAGGUAUUAAUAUAUAUAAACGUAAUGCACAAUGGAGUAUUGAUUUAGCAGACUUAAAUAAUUUAUCAGAAUUUAAUAAUCAACAUCGUUAUUUACUUGUGUGUGUGGAUAUUUAUUCUCGUUAUGCCUUUGUGAAACCGUUGAAAACGAAAACUGCAAGAAAUGUCGCAAAUAAGUUCAAAGCAAUUUUAACCGAAGAGAACGAGAUACCCCUAAAAGUACAAAGUGAUGAGGGUACCGAAUUUGAAUUGCUGAAAAGGGAUUUGUCUAAAAAAUAUGGCUUUACACUAUUUCACACCUAUAACCGAGAAACGAAAGCCGUGCACGCUGAAUGAUUUAUUGAGACUAUUAAAGCGAUGAUAAGUCGUUCAUUAACGACUCUCCAUCAGGGGUACAAUUAUAUAAAAAAUCUUCCAUUUUAAUAAUUGUUGAAAGGUAUAAUGAAUCCCCACAUAGAGGUUUAUAUAAUUUAACACCUUUUGAUGUCUAUAAGAAAGGCAAAGCACCGGAUGCUUUUCAAAAACUAAAAAGCAUUCUUAACAACAGCACCCCAACAUUUGGACUAUUGAAAGAGGGUACUAUUGUACGAAUAGCAAGAGUGAAAAAUAAUGUUUUAAAAAAAUCAAGUUUAUGUCGUUGGGUAAAAGAACAAUUUCGUAUUAAAAAAGUGUUUAUUACAGACAUUGUAACCUACACACUGGAAGACUUAAAAGGUGAGGAGAUCAAGGGAAUAUUUUAUCGUCGCGAGCUACAGACACUAUGA